AUGUCGGCCGAGCACAGCCACGCUGAUGGAGAUGUGGACGCCCCCUCGUUCAUCUACUUGGGCGAGCCACUGCCGUCUUCAGUCAUGCAACUGGGGCUUUCCCUCAACGACUCUUUGCUCACCUCCACCGCGGAGGUGACACCAGCAGCGGCGUCACUCUCGUUUCGUGUACGUGCGAUGCACCUCGACGACGUCGCCGAAGACGUCAUCCUCGUCUGCGAGGACAGCAUCACCCUCUGUGUGCCGUUAACUUGGAGCGGCGCUGCUGCAGCAACGCCAUCGGACUUGGAAGGGUAUUCAAGACCGGAGAGGAGCACCACUGCUGCGACUACUCAUGACAACGCCACUCGUCCAGCCUACACCGCGGCAUCGACUACUAGGACGCACCAUCGCAGCUGCUCGCCGCAUGCGCAUGGCGAACUUUCCUGCUUGCCCUCUCGCCCUUCUCCGUCAGCACCGCCGGCAUCUCAAUCUUCUAUUCUCACUUCUAGUGGCGCAGCGGCGGCGGCGUGCCUGCGAAUGGCGAACCCUUUGCAGGUGUGGGCCUCCCCUCUUUCUCCGUCCUGCUGCACCACAGCUUCCACUAGCGGACUCUGCCUACCACGUCGUCUGCCAAUGCCGCACGCGGAGCUCCGCAGCUCGGCGUCGGUGUUAAUGGCUGUGCCGCUACCGCCACCAGCAGCGCUGUCGUCAUCUGCAUCUUCGACCAGCCGCGACGGACCAUCAGAGCUGAUAUCGGGGUCCGUGCCUGUCUCGGGCCAUGAUGCACGCGUCACCCCUCCACCCGUCAUGGCAGUCUACAUCAUGGAGUGCCCUGUACUGCCUGAAGGUGUAGACUACAUCGAAGCAUCUUCGAUUCCGCUCGCGCGCCCGCUGGCAAGGAUUGUAUGUGCCCCCAACACGCUGCGCUUCCGCGAAGCGUGGUACCCGAUACAGUUCUUCUGUUGGUGCGACAGCGCUGCUGACGCUGCUACCUCGACGACGGCUGCGUCGCCACCGUACGUUGAUCAUCACCUCCUUUGUGUUUCCUCGAUCACUGUCGAUCUUAUCCGGGUGCGCUGCCGGAUCGGCCUCGGACUCUCACCCCAGUCACCUCAUUCCCCGCCAGCGUCCAUGAUGCCCUCACCUCUGCCCUCGUGUGGAAGCGGUGGCACGCGUGAAGGGGAAUGCAUCGAGCGAACGACGUCGCACGCCCCGUUUGUCUCUCCUGCGAAUGCGGCGACAGCGGCUUCACUCGCCCCUUCAUCGUUCACGACGUCGUUCGCUACCACUGGCGGUGUGUGCGAUGGGGCCGCGCUGGUGUUGAUCAGCGUACUGCAACGCUACGUCACGCGCUCUGACUGGUGCACCUACGAUGCGCGAGGUCGUGUGCUGCUGAGCCUUAACUACGCUCGGCCGUCGGUGGUGAAGCCCAUCAAGGUGUACAGGGGACAAGGGGCGUCCUCCGUGGACAACGAACGAAGCACGAGGUCGAACGGGAUAGCGGAGGUGAGUUCUUCGCCGCUGGAAUUGUGUACGUGGACGGAGUUGACUUUGUCAGAAAGCUUGCGCGCUACCCCCCACAUGAGCUGCACCUCAAGACACGGCACUGCCGCCGGGGCUGCGGCUGCUGCUUUGUCGGAUCUGCCGCUGCCGGUUCUCCGGUCUCAGCAGAUAUCGCAUCAGCUGUCCUCGAUGCUGGGCGUAUUGACGGUCUAUGGGCAGUCGUUUGUGUAUCACGUGUUGUCCGGUCUCGGCACCAUCGGCGGCCAACAUGAGCCGGUGAUGAACUUGCACAUGUACCUUCCCUCCGAAGGGAGCAGAGGCCGGCCCUUGUCCGGUGUGUCGCAGACGGGGAGAGCGCUGAGUAGCGGAGUUACUGGUGCUAGCGUUCCAGCGUCAGCACCUGAGGCAUCAGGCGGCGACUCGCUCUUGAGGCGGCUCAAGGCAGCGGCGUCGUUGGCCACAGCGUCUGCGCCGCCGCCUGGGGUGUGUGGCGGCUCAUUCAUCCACGUUGCGCAACUGUCCUUGGCUGCGGUAACCUCGUGUGCGUCUCGUGCGUCGCAAGCGGCUGUGCCAGCCCCCUUAGCAGACACUCUAGAGGCUGACGAGCUCACCGCAACGCUGCUGCGGCCACCGAGUUUAGGCCACCUCUGCGUACAAGUGGUUGACAACCUCAUCGUGAUCCACGCCCCAGCCACGGCACAGUUGGCUGUGUUCGACCUGGCCGAUUGCAGUAUCAGCAGUGCGUCUCAAAUGAAAGCCACUGCUGCUUUUCACCAUGCGAGAAGGCGAAUGACAGCGCGGCGCUAUCUAUGGAAGGCGGUGGCCUCCGGUGCCAUCGACUCCAGGGUGCGGUUCCCCAACCCUGCCGUUGCCAGUCCCGCAACCAGCACCGCUGCUUCAGCGGAUUGUUUUUCUGAGCUGGCGUCUUCGUGGGAAGCUAGAGGAGGCGCGGUGUCAGCCUCACAAGGAAUGGGCAACAGCAACAUCAGCAUCACUGACAGCGCCGACGACACCUUCGCAGCAGCGUCACGUUCAUCGCUACCACCGCCACCAACAGCGUUCCAUCCGUCAGCUGACGCCUCUAGCGGUGCUCAGGUUACCACCACCAGCGAACUAGCUGCUGAGCACCGGCAGCAGCAGUUUUAUCGUUCGCGUGGUAGAAAAGCAGCAUUGCAACGACAAGCGCCAUCGGCCAACUUCCCCUCCAUGCUGUCCGUCUUGAGGAGCUCAAUGCUGGAGUUGACGGCGUGGGAGAACCCCAUUGCCGCCUCUGCUGUACCGUUGAUGUACCCGCUAUAUUGCUGCAGCGCAACUGCAGUGGUGAAGGCUUGUGAAGCUGAAUGCGCAGGCGGCAGUCGAGAUGCUCUGAGUGGCGGUAAGCCGGUCGUCUACGGCGACUAUCAGUGGCUGGCGAGUUCACAGGUUCCACUGGUUAUCAACGCGUCGGACGGAACUCUGCGCGUGUGCCGUGUAGACGCCGCGCGGGUGGCGGAGUGGCGUCUGCUUGUGGACUUAAGCCGUGGGAGCGAGCACAGCGACCAGUACCCUUGGCCGCGGCAGCAAGGGCAGGGCCUCGACGUAAACACCCUGAAUGGCGAUACGGCGGCUGGACUUGUCCGCUCCUACGUGCGCUUUCUGUGUCGGCGCCAUCAGAUGUUUUCCGCUCCCUUGGCCAAGGGCCGCAGCACGGGCAGCGUGUACGCUCUUGUCGGCCUUCUACGGGAGCUAGCCGGGCAAGUGGUGGGGUUGGCGGGCGAUGAUAGCGAUGGCAACGCUGCGUCAGUGUCCCAGGCUGACCAAGUGGAGUGCGCAGAGGUCGAUAUCUUGCGGCGUCUUCUGUGCACGACCACCACGUCGACACUGCACGUCGCAGGCAAUGAGUUGUACGCACUAUGGAAAUGCAUACUGGCGAACCUCACGCUCGAAACCGAGUUUUCUCUCCGCUGCGUUGCAGUGGAGCUUGAAAGCACCGUGGCUCCUGCAGGUGGGGCGGGCAGCGCCAGCGGUGCCGGUGCGGCCAGCUCUGAGGCGUCUGGUGGGCUCCCAAUCACCUCCACUGCGCUACAGCGGCUCAUUUUACAGACGGUUUUUUCUCCCACUUGGACAGCCCUUCAGUCAUCUUGUUUGCCACGCCACCCCCAGCAGCAGGACCAGAGGCGGCGCCAACUGGAGGGGCUCCUCUGCGAUUAUAUACUGCUCCUGCACAGCGCUGCCAUUCCAGUGGAGCUGCAACUCCAGUACUUGCUGCUCGAAGUGAUUCUUUGCCACGUAGCGGACACUUCGACGAGGCGGUUGGAGUCUCCUCAACCGACGUCCGCCUGCAGCGCAGCGCGUCGUGUGCAAGAGCUGCUGCGGCAAGGGAUACUGGAGCCAAGCGACGCCACGGCACGCUGGCUGCUGGAUUGGUGGAGCACAAAUCAGAAAGUAAGAGCAUCAACUCAGUGCAUCGGAGCAGCUGAUGCGAGUGCGCGCCGCCUUAGCGCGAGGGGGUCUUCACAGGAGUACCGCUCUGAGCAGCCUGACGCAGUCGCCACUGUACCUCUGCCUCUGGCCGUGGCGACGACAACGCCACAGCGGAGUGCGGAAAUGUUGUUCUCUCGCUUCGGCCCCCGUGACAGCACGGAGGAGACCGAGGUCCUCUUUGGGGAGGCGGUGCGUCUUCUUGAGGUGCACGGCUCCUUACUGGAGGUUGCGGAGGCAUACAGCUGGCGCUCCGACUUCACUGCUGCCGCGGCGGUGUUGAAGCAUGUUCCACAUCAGAGUAAAUUCAGUGAGGUCCCCGGGGUUGCUUCCUGGUCGGCGCUGUCGCACCGAGGACAGACACGUGCGCUGUCGUGGGACACUCUAGCCCUCUCCGUGCUGGAUGGCGCGUGGCGGUAUCUGCGUUGGGCAGAAGAAGCGCUCUUCUCCCACACCGACGGUGCUCCUGCCACAUCCAAGCGGCGGCGUAUCGCACCUGAUCUCGCUUCCAAUCCACCUAAGUCUUGGCAACUGCGCUCACUUGAGCGACAAGUCCAAGAUGCGCAUCGCAUGUACGUCACCGUGGCAACGACACUACUGGGGAAGCCGACGACAGGGGCGUUGUCGCCAUCACCAGUAAUCGAGGCAGCAGAUUUCAGCCAGGGUUCCCUCGCAUCAUCCACUGCGGCCAACGUCGACGGCCGGUUCCACGCACACGAGGUACACUACGAGCAGCUGUGCCGUCAUAUGGAGCAGGACUGGCACGAUCUAAAGCUGCGAGGUGGGGCGUGA